AAUAGGUGGCCACAUAUGUUAUCCUUGCUAAAUUAAAUUUAAAAAAAAAAAAACAGAUAAAAUCAGUGUGGCAGAAUACAAGAGGGAGCACAUGGAAACACAAAAGGUUAAGUGGAUCUGGGCAAGAUCACUCAACAGUAUGGAUCUUGAUCCUGUUUUAAACUUUAUUCUGAAUUAACAUCUGUGGAAUGCUCUCUGCCAGAGAAAUUGAGACCAUCUCUGUCGUAAUCUCCAGCAGCAGGACACCGUAGCCUUUUUUUUUUUUUUUUUUUCUCCAAAUCUCCUAACGGCUCCCUGCUAAUUCCCUGCCAAAACUAUCAGUGGAUUUCUUCCUCCUAAUCUCUCAUAAUGCCUUAUUCGAUUAUUGUCAAUGCUCUCCCUCCCUGCUCCUCCGUCUCUUAAAACUCUUUAGCUCCUUCAUUUCUGUUCCCUUUUUUUUUUUUUCUUUCUUUUUCUGAACACACUACUCGGUCAGACGAAGACCUACCGCACAGGGGAAGUCGAUGAGGACAGUUUUCCCAUGAUUUACUGUAAGCUUUAGAGCCGCAGUUCCACCCCACCCCCCCUCCAAGUAUGGAUCGUGCUCUUUAUUUCAGUUGACGACGCUUUUUUUUCAAAAAAAAAAAAAAAAGAAAAAAAAAACAUUAUUUAUUAUAGAAGCUCUGAAAGGCAUGGCUUUCCUCAUCACUUGGAUCUUACUCUCCUGGGUGGGCGAUGCGUGGGGGAGUCAGCAGGCAGAACCGCGCGUCUAUCUGGACAACAUAACGCGAAUCCUGGAUCGACUGCUGGACGGAUACGACAACCGGCUGCGACCUGGAUUCGGAGGUCCUGUUACUGAGGUCAAAACAGACAUCUUUGUCACCAGCUUCGGUCCCGUUUCAGAUGUUGAAAUGCAAUAUGGUUUUGGGGCAAGUGCAAAGAAAACCAGCAUAUUGCAGGAGUACACCAUGGAUGUGUUCUUCCGGCAAACGUGGAUCGAUGAGAGGCUGAAAUUCGAGGGGCCCACGGAGAUCCUUCGGUUAAACAAUCUCAUGGUCAGCAAGAUCUGGACGCCAGACACCUUUUUCCGGAAUGGGAAGAGGUCCAUCUCGCACAACAUGACCACUCCUAACAAGCUGUUCCGCAUCAUGCAGAAUGGAACAGUGCUCUAUACCAUGAGACUAACCAUUAAUGCAGAAUGCCCAAUGAGGCUCAUGAACUUUCCAAUGGAUGGACACGCUUGUCCACUCAAGUUCGGCAGCUACGCCUACCCCAUCAGUGAAAUUAUUUAUACGUGGAAGAAGGGGCCGCUGCUAUCAGUCGAAGUACCGCAGGAGUCAUCAAGUUUGCUGCAGUAUGACCUAAUAGGGCAGACGGUAUCAAGCGAAAGGUUGAAGUCCAACACAGGUGAAUACGUAAUUAUGACAGUUUACUUCCACCUGCAGAGGAAGAUGGGCUUCUUCUUGAUUCAGACAUACAUUCCGUGCAUAAUGACCGUAAUACUUUCUCAGGUGUCUUUUUGGAUCAAUAAGGAAUCAGUUCCUGCUAGAACUGUAUUUGGUAUUACCACUGUGCUCACGAUGACCACUCUGAGUAUAAGUGCGCGGCACUCGCUGCCCAAAGUGUCGUACGCUACGGCGAUGGACUGGUUCAUCGCUGUGUGCUUCGCCUUUGUCUUCUCAGCGCUCAUCGAAUUUGCCGCUGUCAACUACUUUUCCACGUUGCAGGCCAACCGGGAGAUGCGCAAGGCAGCGGCACUGAAGGCGGCCGCCCAAGAGGCAGCCGGUGCUGAGAGCGACGAGGAGGUGCUCUCUCCCGAGUUGGAUGGUGGCGGCACCCUGAAGAAAAGGACAAACACGGUGGGCCGCAGUGAGCCGUCAGCAGAGCCGCUCGCUCCCGGCCCGGCGCCAACCUUCCUCCAGCAGGGCACGGCUGUGCCAGCCAACAACGUGCUGACGGGCACAAGCAUCAUUGACAAGUAUGCACGCAUCCUCUUUCCCCUGUCAUUUGGAGCCUUCAAUCUGGUCUACUGGAUUGUUUAUCUCACAAAGGACACCAUGGAGCUCUCCAGGGACAAGCAGUGACCCCCCCCCCCCCCAGACCCCCUGCCAAUAGGUAUCCCCGCACACAAAGAGUGUUUGCAGCUUCGAGAAACGGCGGACAAUUGACGGAUAGCGGAAGCACAGCUGGGUCUUCGCUGCUGCCUCUGCUUGUUGCACUUAAACUUUCUGUCUUAUGGCUGGGAAAGGAGCAGGAGCACUUGGGUCGAUGGUGGGGCGAGCGCACUCCUCGGACCAGGGAUCUCCGUUCCCUCCUUUCCCUCUUCUCCGCUGACUUGCGGUUUAAGGGAAAUGCAUGUUCCCAGAGUUUACACUCAACCCCUCCCAUGCCUGGAAAAAUACACGUUCGAGCUCUGUAACCUUCAUUUGACGUACGUCUAGUUUCCUGAACGACUCUGCGGCUCGUGGGCCGGCGGACGGGCGAGCUGAUCAGCAGCUGCGACCCGAGACAUGGACACACACACACACACGAACACUAUUGUGAAUAGCCCCCUGGGGGACCCCCGUUACCCUCCUCCCCAGCAUGCACCAUGCUUCUCACGAGUCUCCGUGUCCUCCUUUUUUUUUCUCGUUUUGCUUUAAUUGGCUUGAUUUUUUUUAAAACCGUUGCAGGUACACACACAUUCAGCUGGCACAGCGACCGCUGUUUGCACACACACUCGAAAAGUUGCGAAUCUGCCAUUUAAACCAGUAGAAUAAAGAUGACUUAACGUCCAGCCAUGAUGUUU